AUGCAAGCAAAGACGACGUGCAAUGCUUGCUGCUGUUGGAGUUUGAAGGAAGGCUCAGUACUGGUUGGAAUAUGGAGUAUGGUACAUGCACUUGCAUCAUUAGUGCUAUUCGGCUGGCAAUUGCGUGUGAUCAGUUACUGUCGAACUGUUACCAUGGCUCAAGCUAACCUCCAAUGUGAGUAUUGGUGCCCUUGUGUAGGAGCCUCGACUUCACGCACCAGUGCCUUAGUUUUCACAGCAUUUCAAUUUAGUAUAUUCAGUUGGCAACUAUAUGCAAUAAAAUAUGAAAGGGACCAAGCCGGAAAUUAUCUUACAGCUGCUUAUAAUACUUAUGCUAAUUUCAAUGGUCCCACCUAUUUUGAAAAUUAUUAUGAAAAUCCACUGGGGAGAUUCUAUAUAGGUACAGUUCAACGUUUGCCAUAUUGA